AUGAAGGAUCAUCCACGAAGGAGCUGCUAUGAUCUGACUGCAGGUCCCAUUUCCGCCGGCUGGAAAGGCCGGUGGAAGACGGCUCUUCUAAGCCUGACAUUUGCGAUUCUCUUCAUUUGGCGAUGGGCCACCAGGUAUCGCUUCGUCCGGACUGGCUUCGUGCGCUUCAACAACUUGAUUGCACCGCUGCUGAUGUCCGACCUCUCGGAGGGGCAGCUCUUCUACCGCCUCGAAGGCAUGGGCAUGAACCUUCCGGCUGGGGGCUGCGUUUGGGACAUUGGUGCGAAUGACGGCGUUUGGAAUUCCAAUUCGUUUUAUUUGAUAAACUAUUUGAACUACACCGCCACUCUCUUCGAACCAGACGCCGAGGUCUUCCUGUCCCUGCGGAAGCGCUACGCGGCCGCCAGCUCCGCCUUCCGGGGCCGCGUGGAGCUUUUCAACUGUGGCUUGGUGGAGGCCACGAAGCUCAUGGAGUACCGGGUUUUUCCUGCAUCUUUGGAAAGCACGCUGGUCAAGGACAAGAAGCGGCAAUUUGAUCCCAAACCAGACUUCAUCUACCACAUAGCCGCAGCAGAUGCGCGGCUGGUGUGUGAGCAGCAAAGAGAGUAUGUUCGACAAGGUCGCUGUGGCCGACAGCCAUUCACGGUGCUUUCCAUUGAUGCUGAGGGCUACGACAGGGCGAUCUUUGGUCGUGUGCAACAGGAAGGUUGCACCUUCGACGUUGUGAUCAUCGAAGCAGAUCGCGACAUUGUGGAGCCCAUGCGUGGCAUGGGAUACAAGGUUCUGUUGCGCAAUGCCUACAACAUCGUCUUCACACCCAUCAAGGGAUAA